CGCAGUGAGGCGGCAGGGCAGGCCCUCCUGACCGCGUGACAGUGACAUCCUUGUUGAGUGACUCAGUGCCGCGGAACCCAGCUCGGCAGUGCCUUACAGUGCCUCGGCCGCGGCGGCUGCCCGAAUUUCCCAUACUCGUCGCGUCACGGUCGCCAUGCCGAGCGCGCCGACCAUACGGGAGGACCGCUCCUGGAUCCCCGUCGUGGAGCGGGGCUGCUGCUGCUCGCUGGAGGGCUGCUGCAAGGUGCAGGCCAGCCUCGUGGUGGCCCUGUCCCUACUGUACGCGCCCACGCUGCUCAUCGAGUACCUGCAGCCGCAGUCCGCCUCCAUCCGGUGCCAGAGCUUCGACCGCGAGAAAGGCGUCCACCGUCUGUUCCAAGUUGGCGAGCCCACGCUGGCGUGUGAGUGGGAGAGGCGGGGGCAUGCGGGCAGCGCUAAGAUGGCGGAGAUGGUGGUCAAGAUGCUGCUCCAGGCCAUCGCCUUCAGCAGCGCCCUGCUACGUCCUGCGGGACUGCCAGGGUAA